AGUCGAGAGAGAAGCGACGACAACAAAUCGGAGUUAAUCGGAAAAAUGGCAAUUUCCAUUUCUCGGGGACCCAUCGUCUGCAUGCUUCUGUUGUUAACAAAUGCACCCAUGUGGCCAACAGAUGCCCAAGUCAUUUUACCGCCGAAUCCGAAUGGUGGAGAGUUAACUCCAACUCAAAUUAACGCGUUGCUUCAGAAUUUAGGGGGAGGAACUGUUCCGGGUGCAGCCACUACUAUACCUACUGGUGGAAUUCAGUUAUCUCCUAGUCAAAUAAGCACGCUUCUUCAGAUUUUGGGGGGAACAGCUUCACCCGGGACUCCAACUUUACCUGGGCCAAGUCCAAUACCUACUAGUGGAAUUCAAGCGCUAACUCCUGCUCAAAUAAGCACGCUUCUUCAGAUUUUGGUGGGAACAGCUUCAUCCGGGACUGCAACAAGUUCUAGUGUCCCCGGUGGACCUCUACCAGCGUCUGGUCAAAUGAACACGGUGCCUCUGAAUUUAGGGGCAGCAACUAUGCCCGGUACUGGUUCAAUCUCUAGUAUACCUGCUGGUGGAAUUCAACCGUUAACAGCUGCCCAAGCAGCCGCGAUCCUCCAGAGUUUAGGGGGACCAGUCAGCUCUAGCCCAAUUACCGCUACUACGGCACCCGUUGCACCAAUUCCUGGUCCAGCAAACGUGAUGAAUUUCGGGGGAACUGCUGCGUCUGGCUUUCCUUUAAUGACCGGUGUGCCUGGUAGCCUCCCCCCUGCCGCAACUGCACCUGGAAUCACAGCAUCUCCAAACUCUCUCCUCUCUAUUUUGACCGGAUCGGCCGCUUCGAACAACAAUGGUGUCACCACAGCGGGGUUAAGUAUGCCUGCUGGUCCAGCUCAAAGCGGCGUAGCGGGUACCCAGGCCUUAUUCGGUGGCAGCGCCGGUGGCACAAUCGCGGCCGGAGGAUCCUCUUUUGCUCCAGAUUCAUCUUUCGUUCCUACUUUCGGUGCAUCCUUUGGUCCUACUUCGACUGGGUACUACAGUCUCCCUAGUACCCCGAUUAAAGGCUACUAUUACAUGGCCCGCAGUGCUCCCACUAGGCCCCGUUACAAGUCUGGCUUUACAGGAGUCUUCAGGAGCAAGAAGCCGAGAAAUUUCUACCAUGGGUAUGACUAAGCGGCAAGCGCCAAGUAGAAGAUCUCUGAAGCAAGACAAUAUCCACAUCUGGGGAGCUUCGUAAAGCGACUGAAAGAGCCGCCAAUGUAACGACAUGAAGAGCGUACCUCUUGACAUAUCAAUAGCUUUAUUUUUCGAAUUUGAAUUAAGAGGGAAAUAAAAAGUAGAUGGAUUUGUGAGUUUUCCAGCAAGAGA